AUGACAUUAUUAUACGAUGCUCAACAACUUUCACUUUAUGUUGGUAUUCUUUUACUUUUCGUUGGUCUAAUUGGAAAUGCAAUCAAUAUUUUAGUUUUUUCAAAAGUUCGUACAUAUCGUACAAAUCCUUGUACAUUUUAUUUUCUUAUGAGUUCAAUUCACAAUAUGUUUUACAUUUGCCUUAAUCUUCCCAUCCGUAUUCUGACUGAUUAUUUUGCAAUUAAUAUAGCUGGUGUAUCCGAUGUAGUAUGUAAAAUACGGCAAUUUCUUCUUAUUAUUCCUUCUCUUAUUCCCAUCACUUUCUCAUGUUUGGCUAUAAUUGAUCAAUUUUUAGUUACAUCAAAAAGUAAUUAUCUACGAAAUUUGAGCCAAAUCAAAUGGGCUCAUCGAAUAUCAGUUAUCGUUAUCAUUUUCUGGUCUCUUUAUGGCGUUCAUAUUUUAUACUUCGAACAUAUUUUAUCAGAUGGUAUGACUUGUGGAACUGAUAAUCCCAGUUUGGCUAUUUAUACACCAAUAUAUUUACUUGGUAUCAUCUGUGGAAUACCUGUUGUCAUAAUGACUCUCUUUGGAUUGUUAACUUAUCAUAAUAUCCGUCGAACAAUACGUUCUGCUGAGCUGCAUUUUGAUCGUCAGUUAAUACGAAUGACAUCUAUUCAUGUUAUACUUGUUGCCAUUAGUUUGAUUCCGUAUGGUGUUAAUACAGCUUACGCUUUUAUUACAAUUGGAAUUGUUAAAGAUUCAGACAGACAAAUGAAAGAAUAUCUUGCCACAACGGUUGUUACUUUAGCAACAUAUUUAUAUUAUGUCGGAAGUUGUUAUACAUUCUUAUUAACAUCGAAACGAUUUCGUGAAAAAGUCAAAAAUGAAAUCUUCUAUUGCCGCCGACAAAAUACGAUAGGACCUACUUAA